UAUUUAUUUUACUGCUGGGAACAAUGACAAAUGCCACUUGCAGAGCCUCAUCUUAGUUCUAUCGUAAGUCCCUGUCUACAUAUAUGUACGAGCUUGAAAAAUGCCCACCAACUAGUAUUUACAUGGAAUAAUUAUUUAACGCCAGCUAUUCGCGUUUCAAAACUUCAUCAUUUAUUUCUGUGUAUAUCCACGUGGAAAAUUACGUUAUUCUUUGGUGUCCGUAGUGCCUGAGGCCACAGCAACCGCCACUCGCCGCGCCCCAGCACGGCAUCGCCUGGGAACCCGCGCCCCGCCGCCACGCCGUCCAGCCUCGCCUAGCACGCACGCCAGGCGGCCAUUGUUUGUCUUUACGGGAGGCAUGGCGGGCAGGGGGCUCGGCACGGCCACGGCACACGCCACGGGGAAGAGUGACGGGAGUGUUACCUGUCCCUGCAGCAAGAAUGUGGUGGCGCGACACAAGGUAGCACUCUCUCAAGCCACCACCUAUUCCACAGUAAGCACGGAGCCAUCCACUAGACACCGCACAGCCUCCAGAUUCAGCAUGCACAGACACACAGCCAUCUUCAUACACCGGAGAUGGAAGUAUGAGUAUGCUACCUUUGAUACUUCACCUGUGGCUGAUGACCGGCUCCCUGCGCCUGCCUGAUUGCCCUCCGCCGCUGCCGCCGCCACCACCCGCGCCUCCGAGCCUGCCUGGAAGUGUUGGUGCUUCAGUGUCUGCUCCGCUCGCUCCCAGGUAGGAUGUGUGCGGCCUCCCGGCGCGCCCAGGCAUCGAGCUCUGUCAAGGAAUAGUGUUUUCGCAACCGUGUUCCCUCCUUGACUGCUUGAUAGAUUGUUCUUGAUUACCAUUGCUUCGUUAACACCUGUCCACCUUUGGCGCUCAGUGGACGCGAAAGAUGAAGUGGUUAACGCAAUCAUAAGCAGAAACUCCGUUUAUAAUUGUUAGUGCAGUAGAUUAUAAGAAUGUAGAGGAAAGGGAGAAAAAUAAAUAUCACGUGUCUCCACUCUCCGGCGCCGGACUUGGAGGAACUGAAGAUGAAAACUCUAAGCAUAAUCCUCCUGGACGUCAUCCUGGUGGCCUCUUUCGUCGAGGACUCAGAGACGGCGGGCCGACACGCCACGUGGCCCAAGCGCCUGAAAAGUGUUCUGGAGACGCACAGGUUCAAGACGGAGAGUAAACAACGAGGCUCAUGGACGCCCGACCCAAGCCAGCUCUUAGGGGAGUACGAGGAGGAGACGCCCGUGCGGGACACCAACGCCUACUUCAUGACGAACAACAACACUGUCAUCACCGUACAGGUCGGCACCACCGCUGCCCUCCGCUGCCAGGUGUUCGAUGUUGCCGAGCACGAGACGGUGUCGUGGAUAAGGCGCCGAGACCACCACCUCAUCACCGUGGGCGCCAACACCUACUCCAACGACGAGAGGUUUCAGGUCACCUACUCCGAGAAGACACAGGAUUGGACGCUACACGUGCGCUACGCCCAGACGCAUGACGCCGGCGUGUACGAGUGCCAGCUGUCCGCACACCCGCCGAUCGGGGUGUUCACCACGCUCAACGUCAUCGAGGCUGUGGCGGAGAUCGGUGGCGGGCCCGAGAGGUACGUGCAGAUCGGCAGCUCCGUCCACCUGACGUGUACCAUCAAGGACUACACCGAGCCCCCGACCUACGUGUUCUGGUACCACGCCGAGCACAUGGUCAACUACGACUCCAACAAGAGGAUAACAGUCGUGAACAGCCUGGGCGAGAGUGAGUUGCAGAUCUCUCAGGUGACGAAGGCGGACAGCGGAAACUACACCUGCCAGCCCUCCAAUGCUCGCACGGCCUCAGUCUCCCUCCACAUUAUUACAGGCGAGACCCCGGCAGCGAUGCAGAGGGCAAGCGCCACGGAAGUGCAGUACCGCCUCAGCAUGGCUCUCCUGUCGUCCCUUCUGGCGUUGGUGGCAUUAUAAGGUCGCUGGAAGCCGCACUUACCCGUCUCCACAGCCCUGUCCUAGUGCUGAAGACUCCUCGGGCAUCUUCCAGCCUCCAGAGAAGCUCCUGCGUCCAAGUGCACUAAGACCUGGCUGUGCUGUUUCAUAUCAGAUCAUGGUCGCUGCCGCUGUCUCGCCGCUGUCGCUGUGCUGACGCGGCGGCACUCAAUGGUGUUUAGUGACCGUGAGGCAGUGAGCGACGCUGUUUUUUGUGUUAUAUGUGAAGCGAUGGUGUUUAUUGGUGUGCGUAGCGAGGAUGGCGCUUCUGUGAAAAGAAGAGUGCGUAUAUGUUAGUGGACGGCGAGGAAAGGACAAAUGCGUGUUUAAUGAACCCAGUAAGUCAAUGACUGCCUCGCCUCGUAUGUGAACUGCUUUUAGGUCGACGAGGGGCUGUACUACUUGACCCUCCGUGUAGGGAAACUCAACUUUUAAGCAAAGACGCCACAGCGCCACUAGUUCAUAGAUUUUGCUGUGAACGUUCCAGGCCAGCCGAGCGUUGCGUGUGCUUCAUUACUACUAGGUGUUCGAUGUGUCGCUGUGUGUGGUGCGCUGCGGGAGCUCCCACCACCAUGUGCAGCGUCCUGGGUGUGAGGAAAAAGAAUGUAUUACUGUAUAAAGAUAAUUACUGGAUAAAAAGUGGUAAGCGAAAGUUGAAUGUUCAAUGUAAAGAUCGAGUUGAUACCAUGGUAAGCUUCGCACUGUAUUGACAUCCUUUGUUUGUGGAUAAAAAAGUGAGAGAAACCUUAGCUAAUGUUGUAAAGUUUAUGAAGAUAAUCAAUCCACGAUGCUGAAUGUUUCUUCCUCCGACGGUCAUCAGUGUGUACGUUCGGUGCCCGGAACGUUGUAGUCUCUGGGUGACCCCGACUGAACGCUGCUCUGGCUCGAUGACCUACCCGCGUGGCCUCACGUGUGGGACGAACACCAGUGCCACACCGGAACACACAUCCCUACACACACACACGCGGGUUGUUUUUCAAAAAGGAAAUGCAAGUCAAGGUAUAGUAAGGUAUAUCACCCUUUUUAUUUCCAGAGAAGUUUUGAAAAGUUAUGGAAAAUUAAAUUUAAUGUAAAAAAAAAGUCAUGUAUAAUUUUAACAAAAAAAUAAAACAUUGAACUUUUCUCAAAACAAAACACGUGGUUUUGAAGGUAAAACAAUAAAAGAAGCUUUGGCAGGAGUUUGGUAAAAAUGUAGGGCAGGAUUAGUUUUUGAAAGAGAACGUUCGUGGAUUUAUUUGAUAACUGUUAGUAUGUUAAACAUAAACAUCAUCAUGGAAAACUUUGUGCCAGAAAAUGUUAACAAGUCACCAAUCAUCGAGGUGAUCGGAGAGUGCUUUUUGUGUCAUUCAAGAAAAGAGAUCAAAGGUCCAAGGCCCCCACGGGCCAGCAGGCGGCCACUUAUUAGAGCAUGUUUGUUUAGUUGCCGCACAGGCUGAGGGCCACACAGCCACGUGGCCAGGGCACUCUGGUUCGCUACACAGACAACACACUCCUGAACACUUUCACUCAACAACAUGAACAACAAUUACUCUACCAAGAAAUCUUUAACCAAACUUCAUUUUUUAAAGAAUUAAAAUGUAGUUUUUUCAUACUUAUUUAUCACGAUUUAUCUUAACGUUCACCUAUCUAUGCCAUAUUUUUUUGUGCAUUACUCGACUUCAGGUUCUGUAUCUGGAUUAAUCUAAUGAAGGGCGUAUUAUCUAUUGGAUCACCUUGCUGCUCAAGCCUGCUGAGUCAGCACCUCCCUUGCUCUAUGUUUUGUGAUGCCCACAUUUGUGAUUUUAUUACUUGCCCAUCAAACUGGACACCUUAAAUUUACUAAUUGAAAAUUAAUGUCUCAGUAUGAUAUC